AUGUCCGACCAUCCUCUCGACCAAUUGGACCUCCAUGUCCCUGGUAGCGACAGCGCCAACAGCACCGUACGCAUCAAGAAGCGCAACAAGUUCCGCAAGUUCCAGGCCCGUCUCCCGUGGGCUUCCGGAUCGCCACUCCUUGCCAAGGUCCAAAACAUCCAGUACCUAGAGUACGAACUGCACAAGUUCCGGUUGCUGCGACUAAAAGAGGCCAAACUGCCGGUCUUCAUCUCUCCUAUGGCCAAGGCCAACCUUCAAGCCCGCGACGACGAACUCUUUCUCCUCAUAGAGAAGGCCCAAGAGUUCCUGGACAGUGACCGACAGGUCAUGUUGAUCUUGGGUGAUUCCGGAGCAGGCAAGUCGAGCUUCAACAAGCACCUCGAGUCCGAACUCCUGCGCACAUACACCCACGGUGGCCCUAUCCCAUUGUUCAUCAACCUGCCCGCCAUCUACGAACCCGAACGCGACAUGAUCGAGAAGCAGCUGAGGUCUGACAACUUCAACGAUGAACAGAUCCGCGAGCUCAAACUGCACCGCCAGUUCAUCCUCAUCUGUGACGGUUAUGACGAAAGUCAGCAACUGGUCAACCUACACAAGACCAACAUGUUGAACCAGCCGGGGCAGUGGAACACCAAAAUGAUCGUCAGCUGCAGGACGCAGUAUCUCGGUCAGGAUUACCGAAGCUUAUUCAUGCCUCAGAGCUGUGGCAACUACACCCGUCCAGCUGUCGAACUCUUCCAAGAGGCUGUGAUCGCGCCUUUCUCCAAGGAGCAGAUCGAAGACUAUGUCGAACAGUACGUCCCUCUCGAGCCCCGCACCUGGACCACCAAGGACUACAUGGACAGGUUGACAACCAUCCCGAACCUCAUGGACCUAGUCAGGAACCCUUUCGUCCUAACCCUUGCCUUGGAGGCGCUGCCACUCGUCACCGAAGGCAAGCAGGAUCUGUCGGUCAUCGAUAUCACCCGAGUCCAGCUCUAUGACACGUUUGUGAAGCAUUGGCUGGACGUCAACAAGCGACGUCUCGAGAGCAACGCAUUGUCACCUCUUGACCGCGAUACAUUCGAUCUGCUGCUUAGCGCAGGGUUUACUUUCAUGGGUAUUGACUAUUCUAUUAGGCUGGCAUCGGCGAUCUUUGAGAAGCAUGACGGAAAGCCGGUCGUUCGAUAUACCCACCUCAAGGACAAAAACACAUGGCGCGUCGAUUUCUUUGGUCCCGAUCCAGAGGUGCGGCUCCUACGCGAGUCGUCCCCAUUGAUACGCUCUGGCAGCCUGUUCCGGUUCCUUCAUCGAUCCAUGCUGGAAUACUUCUACUCGCGCACCGUCUUUGAUCCCAGCAGCCAUGGCGACCACGACGAACUUGUUCCGCAGUCUGAUAUUGGUUCCGUGGAUCCUGAGUUGCUCGACGUCGAAGGUACCUUAUUCAAGCGCAGCCUCCUCCCCGAGCCAUCGGUCAUCCAGUUCCUGAGUGAUCGCGUGAAGCAGGUCAGCUUGUUCAAGCGACAUCUCCUGGCAGUUGUCGAGUUGUCCAAGUCGAACGCCGAAGCGAGCCAAGCUGCGGCCAACGCCAUUACGAUCCUGGUCCGAGCCGGUGUGCGACUCAAUGGCGCCGAUCUUCGAGGCAUUCGGAUUCCAGGAGCGGAUCUUACCGGUGGGCAGUUUGACUCUGCACAACUACAGGAUGCCGACUUGACAGGUGUCAAUCUCUCCAAGGCAUGGAUUCGACAAGCGGAUCUCAGCCGUGCAAGCAUGGAUGGAACUCGAUUUGGAGAGCUGCCGUGUUUGGAGGAAUUGAAGCCAGUCUGGUCGUGCGCUUUUUCGCCAGACGGCAAGUUUCUCGCGGUGGGUCUGUUUAACGGCGACAUCAGCAUCUACGAUACUGCAACCUGGAAAAGGAUUCAAGUGUUUCAAGGGCACCAAUUUGCUAUUGCAAGUCUCGAUUACUCGCCGAACGGCCAACAGAUUCUUUCUGGCAGCUACGACGAAACAGCACGGCUUUGGAACAGCGAGAAUGGAUCAACCGAUAUCGUUUUGGAGGGACACUCAGACAGGGUGACGGCGGUGGCGUUCUCACCAACAGGCCAGCAGGUUGCAACGGCCAGUGAUGACAAGUUGGUUAGGCUAUGGGACGCUCGGACCGGUGCUGCUGUUUUCGUCUUGACCGGCAACACUGGCGUCGUUUCCAGCAUUGCCUAUUCACUAGACGGAAACAGGAUUGCCUCCACCGGCCGCGAUGAGUUGAUCCGAAUAUUCGACACACUCACUGGGCUGCUUGUGCUGGAGUCUUGCAAGGGCGGCGAUUGGAUUAAGUGUCUGGCAUAUUCACCUAACGGCCAGCGAAUCGCUACAGGCUCCGAAAGAGGCCGAUUGCAACUGUGGGAGGCAGCAGCGAUCACCCUAGGGCCUGGACAGGAAUGGACGGCACACACGGAUGAAAUUACCAGCAUUGCCUUUUCACUCGACGACCGUUGGAUUGCCUCAUCCAGUUCUGACCAUACAGUGAAGCUGUGGGACUCUCGCUCCGGCUUACUUAUCUCAUCAUUUGUCAGUCAUACAGGCUAUGUCAACUGCGUUCGGAUAUCACCAAAUGGCUCGUACAUCGCCUCAGCUAGCUACGACCAGACUUUGCGGCUGUGGGAGGUGAACUCUUCAAAACUAGGACUCGACUCUUACGACUUACCAGACCAACAGUUAUGUGCGACAUACUCUCCGGACGGACGGCAGCUCAUCACUGGCAGUCAGAGACCCAUGCGCCAAUUCAACGCGGAUUCAGGAGACGUCGAUUUUGUUUUUCCUGAUCACCUGCACGACAUAAAGUGCAUUGCAUUCUCCCCAGACGGUCUCCAGAUAGCCAUCGGCAGCAGGAAUCAGGGAGUGACUCUAUGGAGCGUUGAAUCCCGUGCUGCUUUUGUUCUUCGUGGGCACAUUUCUUUCGUGAAUUCUGUGGCCUUCUCACCUUGCAGUCGCUGGCUUGCUUCAGGCGGUUGGAGCUCGAAGGUGCGGCUUUGGGAUACUCGCUCAGGAGCAGCCGGUCGUGUUCUGAACGGCCAUGAGGGAACUGUACAGAGUCUUGAGUUUUCUCCGGAUGGUUGCUGGAUUGUGUCUGUAUGCCUAGAGGGAACGAUCUCACUCUGGGAGACCGGCACUUGGGAGCUUAAGGCGAAAAGGACGAUCGAUAUCGGUCGGUACAGAUAUAACGUUGUAGCUUAUAUACCCGGCUGUCUUCAGAUCGCCUCCUGCCAUGGAGAUGGAACCAUUCGAUUGUGGGAUGAUGAUCAGCAACUCCAAGGUUUCCGAUAUAUCCUGAAGCAGGACCAGGAGAGCUACGAAUUUGCGUUUUCAUCCUGCGGCCAGUGGGUCGCAACAACUCACAGCACCAGUGUUCGACUCUGGAGGCUGCCAUCUCUGGAUCAGAAUCAGCAGGCGUUGCCGUUGCAGGAUCAGGACUGUGCGUCGGUCAUCGAUGGGUUUACAAGACCUGUUGGGGAAGUUGUUUGGAGACCCAACAAGUUGGAGUUUGCGACGGCAAGUUAUGAAGGAUCGAUUCGCGUUUGGCGGGUGGUGGAGGACAAGGAUGGGCCAGGAAGAGUUUCUGUUGAAUUGGUGUGGUUUUCUGGGCCUGCUGUGCUAAUCGCCUCUGGUGCCGUACUCAAUGAUGUUAUUGGUCUCGGUGCGGUGAAUCGCCCCACUGAACAGCCUCCUGUUGUGUCGGCAUCGAUGACGCCAGUUCCUACAACGACGCAGCUGUUGCUCUGCCCUGUCUGCAGUCAACCCUUUAAGCCAAGUAAGAACCAGAACUCUAACUUGCGCCGUCAUCUCAAGAACGUCCACAACAUGUCGCCAACGAUGCACCCCCGCAAGUGCAAAUGGGACUCGAUACCUGGCGGCCGCAUCAAGGACGACAAGGACCGCAAGGAGCGCACUCGCAAGAGCAAACUUCUUUGGGCCCGCAAGACCCGUCUCCGUCACAAGGCCGAGGAGGCAGCCUUGGGGUUGUGCAUGCUCAGUCAGGCGGUCUAA